AUGACUUACGUCGUGUCCAACAGCUCAGAUGCUCUGUUCGGUCCUGCGUACGAGGGUCCGUUCAGACACUUCGACUUCACGGUCCUCUUCGAAGAUACAAUUCUCACCGUCCUUCCUGCUACCCUCUUCCUUGUCACCGCCAGUGCGAGGGCAAUAUGGUUGACAAGCAAACCGAACAAGGUCAUAACCUCCUUCAGCCGAUUGACCAAACUUGUACUCCUGUCUGCAUUUGUCACUGUGCAACUGACGAUUCUUCUUACCCGCGCAACCAACAUGGAAGCAGCUACAGAGGCUUCAAUCGCUGGCGCCGCUCUUGACUUUGCAGCUGCUUGCGUGCUUUUCGUUCUUUUCUGCUUCGAACAUUCACGCUCAGUGACACCAUCCACCAUCAUUGGACUCUAUUUGAUAGUUUCAUUUCUCUUUGGCGUGGUCCAGCUGCGAACCUUCUAUCUGCUCCGUGGAUAUGCUGCCAAGGGCAUUGCCAAUCUAUUAACCCUGUCCCUGGCGAUCAAGCUUGGUGUGCUGGUCACUGAAGUCGUCGAGAAGCGCAGGAUACUUCUGGAGCAGUAUCGCGAUCUGCCGCCCGAAGCCACUAGCGGUGUUUACAACAAGUCAGCCUUCUGGUGGCUGAACCCGUUAUUGAGGCUGGGAUUUGGCAAGACAUUGAAAGUUGACGAUCUUUACAACCUGGACGAAAAGCUAGCAUCUGCCAAUGUCGCCGGAGGCUUUAGACGGAAGUGGGCAGAUAUCAAGGAAGAUCACCGCUUCAGCCUCCUCUUCGUGUCGGCUUACGUUCUGAGAUGGCAACUACUGGCCUCGGCUUGUCCUCGCCUUUUCCUCAUCGGUGCCAAAUUUGCACAGCCAUUCCUGGUCCAAGAAACGAUUCAGUUUGUUGGUAACAGCCACGCCCACGCAGCGGCCACUGGGUGGGGACUUGCAGGGGCAUGCUUCCUGGUUUACUUCCUCCAAGCUAUUUUCACAGCAGCAUACCGUCAUCUUCUGAAUCGAUGUGUCACCCAGAUACGCGGAGGAUUGAUUUCUCUGCUCUACCAGAAGAAGCUUGAGCUUAGCGUCGCCACUGUCGACCCAUCCGCGUCAUUAACCCUGAUGUCGUCCGAUGUGCAAAGAAUUGUUGACCCACUCGGGCUGCUGCACGAGUCCUGGGGCAGCAUUGUCGAACUUGGUGUCGCCAUAUAUUUGUUGUAUCGAAGCCUUGGCGCUGCUUGUUACGCGCCAGCGGUCGUAUAUGCGAUGUCCAUGUUAGGCACCUCCUGGGUUGUCCGAGUCAUCGGUCUAUACCAGAAGCAAUGGUUGAACGCCGUCCAGACUCGUGUCUCGUUCACCUCGGCCUUGCUGCAUUCUAUGAGAAAUGUCAAACUACUGGGCAUGUCUUCGAUCAUCAAGGACCGCACGCAGGGUCUUCGGCUGACAGAGAUCAAUGAAUGCAAAAGGUACCGCAUCAUCACCAACGUCCAGGUACUCCUUCAAAAUGAACAUAUGGUCUUUGCGCCAUUCGCAACGUUCCUUCUCUACUACAUCAGGUCUAUGGAAACGGGAGAAGCGCUCGAUCUAGCGACCGCUUUCGGCAUAUUAACUAUAUUUAGAUUGAUUGAAUUGCCUAUGAACAAUUUGUUGUACAGUUGUCCGCAAUUGGCGAGCUCUCUUUCAUGCUUUGAACGGAUUCAGAAAUAUCUACUAUCGAAUACCCGAAACGAUAAUCGCCUCUCGUUGCCUAACGCCUAUGAUUCCGGUAGGUACUGGGGAAGCUCUGCUGCGGAUGCAGAGUCAAUUGAGAUGAGUCAAUUAAGCGGUGCCAAUCGAAGCCCAGUGGAGGAGGCUUUGGUUCUGAAGAAUUGCUCCUUUGGCUGGAGUGAACAGAGUGUGCCAGUUGUGCAGGAUGUCGAUCUGUCUGUAUGUGCUGGUUGGAUCGCCACGAUCAUUGGUCCUGUUGGCUGCGGAAAAUCCACUCUGCUCAGGGGUAUUCUCGGCGAGACUCCUGUGUCUCGUGGGUUUGUCUACAUUCAAGGCCAGUCUGUCGCCUUUGCUGAUCAGGAGCCUUGGAUUCAAAAUGGCACGGUUAGAGAUGCCAUUCGCGGCUCGAGCUCAAGAGAUAUUCCAUACGAAGGUGACUUCUCGUAUCAGGAAGUUGUGGAUUGUUGUGGAAUGACUGAAGAUAUCUCACUGCUUGCAAAGGGUGACAAGACUUUGAUUGGUUCCAAAGGCAUGUCGCUGAGCGGGGGACAAAAACAACGGCUGGCUCUCGCCAGAGCUGUCUAUUCGAGGACACCGAUCCUUGUACUCGAUGACGUCUUCUCCGGCCUCGACAAUGAUACGGAAGACUUGAUAUUCAAGAAACUUUUCAGUCGCUCUGGACCCCUGAGACGGCAGAAGACGACGGUCAUUUUGGUCACUCAUGCCGUACACCGGCUUCCAUGUGCAGAUUUCAUUGUUAGCCUGGAUGCGAAUGGUCGGAUUUCCGAGCAAGGUAAUUACCUCAAUCUGGUGAAUCAGGGUGGCUACGUCCACAGCCUUGAUGUUCGGUUCAGAAAGGAGCACGACUAUCCCACUAAGGAAGAAGCCAAGACCUCUGUUGAGAUCGAAACAAUCUAUAAAGCACCCACAGGACCCCCAACAGUUGAUGAAGAGACUGGAAAUGUUCAGGAUCUCCUACGGAGGACCGGCGAGUGGGCCACGUAUAAACACUGGUUCCGAUCCUGCGGGUACAUCUCAAGCUUACUGUCCGUCGUCUGGGCGUUUCUCUUUGUCAUCGCCGUCCAGACACCUGGUGUGCUGGUCAAAGCCUUUUCCAGCAACACUUCUUCACAGGCGACCACAUUCAUUGUCAUCUUCGGGAUAACAUGCAUCGUUGCGGCGGUAGCCCUCCUGCUUUACGUAGUUCAGAUCCUCCAAGACAUGCUACCCAACAGCUCUAGCAACCUCCAUCUGAGUCUCCUGGAGGCGGUCUUGAAUGCGCCGCUGUCCUUCUUCACGCGCACCGACAUUGGUAAGAUAACUAAUAUGUUUUCUCAGGAUAUGGCACUGGUCGACACCGAUUUGCCAUUCUCCUACGCGGAUUUCGUCUUAUCCUUUGUAUCUUGUGUCGCCGGACUGGGACUUAUGGUUGCCUCUGGCACAGGAUAUUUCGCUGCCACCAUCCCUGUUGUUCUCGCAGCCCUGUAUGGGAUCCGAAAAUACUAUCUGAGAACCAGUCGCCAAUUGCGUCUUUUAGACCUGGAGGAGAAGGCCCCCCUGUAUACAUUGUUCGGAGAGACCGCCGCCGGGCUGGUGAGCGUUCGUGCCUUUGGAUGGACAGACAAAUUCGGAGAGCAGAAUCUGGAGCUCCUGGAUCGAAGCCAACGUCCAUUCUAUCUGAUGUACUGUAUCCAACAAUGGCUCGGGAUUGUCCUCGAUUUCUUGGUUACAGCUCUUGUGACUAUACCAAUGGUGAUUAUUGUGGCGAAGCGGCAGUCCAUCGAGCCAGGACUUGUCGGUUUGGGCCUGUUGAGCACCGUCAACCUAAGCAGCAAUCUGACAAAUCUGAGCACAAGGCGCGGGAAGCUGAGCCGGUCCCGAACCAAUGGCCGGAGAGUGGACAAGUGGGUUUUCACGGGCUUUGGAGCCAGUUACUCUACGGACUCGGUGUUAGUUUUGAGGGACAUUGACUUGCAAGUGCGGCAUGGUGAGAAGUUGGGCAUCUGUGGCAGGUCGGGAAGUGGCAAGAGUUCAAUGCUGGCCAGUCUCUUCCAUCUCCUCGAGUUUCGCAGUGGACAGAUUCAGAUCGAUGGAGUCGACAUCUCCCGCGUUUCCCGCGAAAUUCUGCGUGCGAAGAUCAAUGUGAUUCCGCAGGAACCUUGGUGGGUGACCACCGAGUCAGUGCGGUUCAACAUGGAUCCAUGGGCGACUGCGAAUGCAGAACUCGACGGCCCUGUCGGACGCGGCGAAUGCGACGCACUGUUCAUAUCCUGCCUGACCGAGUGUCAGAUCUGGCACGCCAUCCGAGAGAGAGGCGGGCUCGACGCGGUAAUGACGCCCGACUUUUUGAGCCACGGACAACGUCAGCUGUUCUGCUUGGCCCGGGCGAUGGUGCGGCAGAGUAAAGUCGUGGUACUGGACGAAGUCAGUGCGAAUGUUGAUGUCAAGACUGACCAGCUCAUGCAACGGAUCAUCCGCGAACGGUUCAAAGACUGCACUGUCAUUGCGGUAGCACAUCGACUGAACACGAUUGAGGAUUCGGAUCGGGUCGUGGUCUUGAGUCAGGGGAGGGUGAUGGAGGUUGGAGAGCCGAAAGCGUGGUUGGGGGCCGAAGGGAGUCGGUUCAAGGAUCUCUAUGAAUCAUGA